AUGCCUCGCCCGUCCACCCGCCACGCCUCGCACGCCGGCUCGUGGUACACCUCAGACCCCCGCAAGCUCGACGACCAGCUCUCGACCUGGCUCGAGGCGACCGCACACCCGGCAAAGGGCGACCCGCUCACCAACGCCCCCGUCAAAGGCUGCAAGGCCAUCAUCGCACCCCACGCCGGUUACUCGUACUCGGGCCCAGCAGCCGCUUUCGCCUACCGCUGCAUCGACGUCGACAACAUCAAGCGCGUCUUCGUCCUCGGGCCCUCGCACCACGUCUACCUCGACGGCUGCGCCCUCAGCAAGUGCAACGAGUACGAGACGCCGAUCGGCAACCUCCCGCUCGACCUCGACACCAUUGCCGAGCUCAAGGCGACGGGCAAGUACGACCAGAUGGACCUCUCGACCGACGAGGACGAGCACAGCAUCGAGAUGCACUUGCCCUACGUCCGCAAGAUCUUUGAGGGCCGCGACAUCCACAUCGUCCCCAUCCUCGUCGGCUCGAUCUCGACCGCGUCCGAGAAGCGCUUCGGCGCCCUCCUCGCGCCGUACCUCGCCGACCCGGCCACCCUCUUUGUCGUCUCGUCCGACUUUUGCCACUGGGGCCGGCGGUUCCGGUACACGCACUACCACCCGCCGGGGUCGGACGACGUGCGCGACGGCGUGACGCUCAAGGCGGGCAACUUUGCCGAGACGGUCGGGCGCGGCGAGGAGGGAGGAGGAGGUGGAGAAGUGUGGGAGGGCAUCGACAAGCUCGACCACCUCGGCAUGGACGCCAUCGCCUUUUCCCUCCCUGCGUCCUCGUCCUCGUCCUCGUCCUCGACCACGACCGCCAAGUCGCCCUCGACGGCGCACGACCAGUUCGCGGCCUACCUCGCCGCGACCCGCAACACCAUCUGCGGCCGGCACCCGAUCGGCGUCCUCCUCGGCGCGCUGGCCGCGCUCGAGCACGGCGGCGGCGGCGACGGCGAGGGCGAGGGGAGUGAGGGUGGGUGGAGCGAGAGGGGCAUGCGGUGCGAGUGGGUCCGGUACGAGCAGAGCAGCAGGGUGAGGAGCCUCGGCGACAGCAGCGUGUCGUACGCGAGCGGGUUCGUCGCGGUCGGCGGUGGCAGUGCCGAGGCGUGAGCCACUCGUGUCGCUCUCUUUCUCUCUCCACUCUCUCUCUGUGUGUAGCUCGCCCGGCCCUGUAACCCUGCCCGUCGGU